AUGAUUCCUCUAGCAGGCGGCCUUGGUCCAGGCCCAGGCCCUGCACCUCCACCGCCGGAGCUGUUAAGGUACAAGAAAAUUUUGUAUUUGAUUGUGGUUGGUUAUCUGCUUGUGCUAAUCCUGUCGCUGAUAGCUGGAGCCUUUAAUGCUGGCAUCAAUUAUGUUUUUGUUCUGGCGGCAGCUGCUGCGAUGGCAUCAAGAUCUGACCAGUGCAUGAGCACGUGCAUCGUUCCUUUUUUUCUCUUAGCCUUCAUCUCAUUGUUCUUCGACAUACUGAAUGUCAUCAAUCUGCUUGCAGAACCAUACCCUGGAGCGGGCAACAUGUUUUCCAGCGACUGCCCCAAGCCAUUCGAAGCGAUUCUACGGAAGAACACCACCAUCUAUUUGGACAAUGCGGCUGUGAACGGUACCGCCCCGUACAUCGUUCCAGCCGACACAAAGGUAGACAUCCCACGAAAUCUGUGUAGCCACGCAUGGGUAGUCCAGAACGUGGCCAUGCUUCUUGGUGUCCUUUUGGAUGUUGCGGCGACGAGAGUGGGUUACAGAAUGUUCAAGACGAGUGUGGAGUUAAUGCAGGGCCAGGGCCAAGGGCAGGCCGGUUUGGGCCAGCAGCUGAUGAUGGCUCAGCAAGGUCCACUACAAGGAGGUGAUCAGCCUGGAAACGGACCUGGUGGUGCAGGAGGGCCUUCAAGGAAUCCGCGUGGACAGGGUUUCCAACCUUUUCAGGGCUCCGGCCAGACACUCUCCGCUUGA